GGAGCGGUCGGCCAUCUUGAAUAGAAUGACUGAUCAGUGCCCGCUAUAGUGUUCUGGAGCAGUUCAGUGAAUAACAGAGCUUUGUAGCUGCUGCUCUUUGGGCGAUACUAGCCCGGUUUUGUGGCAUUCAGACAGUUACCUGGUUUUUCACCAUGGCACGUGAACACUGAGAGAAAGCGCCACCAUGAUUGGAGGACUUUUCAUCUAUAACCACAAGGGCGAGGUGCUGAUCUCGCGUGUCUACCGCGAUGACAUAGGGAGAAAUGCGGUGGAUGCAUUCCGUGUUAACGUGAUUCAUGCACGUCAGCAGGUCCGCUCGCCCGUCACAAACAUCGCACGCACCAGCUUCUUUCACGUCAAACGCUCCAACAUCUGGCUGGCUGCUGUCACUAAGCAGAAUGUCAACGCCGCCAUGGUGUUCGAGUUUCUCUACAAGAUGUGUGACGUCAUGACUGCUUACUUCGGCAAGAUUAGUGAGGAAAACAUCAAAAACAACUUUGUGUUGAUCUACGAGCUGCUGGAUGAGAUCCUGGACUUUGGUUACCCACAAAACUCUGAGACUGGCGCGCUGAAGACCUUCAUCACUCAACAAGGCAUCAAGAGCCAGCAUCAUACUAAAGAAGAGCAGUCUCAAAUCACCAGUCAGGUGACUGGUCAGAUCGGAUGGAGGCGUGAAGGCAUCAAGUACCGUCGCAAUGAGCUCUUCCUGGAUGUUCUGGAGAGUGUGAACCUGCUCAUGUCACCACAGGGUCAGGUGCUGAGCGCGCAUGUCUCAGGCCGUGUGGUUAUGAAGAGCUACCUGAGUGGAAUGCCCGAGUGCAAGUUUGGCAUGAAUGACAAGAUUGUCAUUGACAAGCAGGGUAAAGGGGGCACUACUGAUGAUGCAGGCAAGAGUAGUGGGAAGCAGUCUAUAGCCAUCGAUGACUGCACUUUCCACCAGUGUGUGCGACUCAGCAAGUUUGACUCUGAGCGCAGCAUCAGCUUUAUCCCACCGGAUGGAGAAUACGAGCUCAUGAGGUAUCGCACCACUAAGGACAUCAUCCUACCGUUCCGUGUCAUUCCUCUGGUAAGAGAGGUGGGACGCACCAAGCUGGAGGUGAAGGUGGUCAUCAAGUCCAACUUCAAACCAUCACUGCUGGCCCAGAAGAUUGAGGUGCGCAUUCCCACCCCGCUCAACACCAGUGGUGUGCAGGUGAUCUGCAUGAAGGGAAAAGCCAAGUACAAGGCCAGUGAAAAUGCCAUCGUGUGGAAGAUCAAAAGGAUGGCUGGUAUGAAAGAGUCCCAGAUCAGUGCUGAGAUUGAGCUGCUGCCCACCAAUGACAAAAAGAAGUGGGCUCGUCCACCUAUCUCCAUGAACUUUGAGGUACCGUUCGCCCCAUCCGGACUCAAGGUGCGCUACUUAAAGGUGUUUGAGCCGAAGCUGAACUACAGUGAUCACGAUGUAAUUAAAUGGGUUCGCUAUAUCGGUCGCAGCGGCAUCUACGAGACCCGAUGCUAACAGCCGACCCUCCGUCACAGUCUAGAGGAGAGAGAGGGAGGGAUGAGCAAGUGGAGCCUCACUGGAGGAGGUGCAGAAGAGGCUUUCCCUUCAUUUCUCUCUCCCUCCCUUCCUCUGCUCAUUCCCUUUUCCUGUGUUCACACUAACGAUGAAAAAUAUUUUUUAAAAAAGAAUUGGUUAUUCAAAAAUGUCUAGUGGAGAAAACAGAAAAAGGUUCAAAAAAAGUUUAGAUAUCUUUGGUAAUCUGAAAGAUGCAUUUCAUGUCAUUAUGCAUACUUGCCUGCUAUAAGACAAGGCCCCCUUUCCAUCGGGCCCACCCAUUCUUCCUCUUUUUAAGCAUUCCAGACUCCUUGCUGAUUGAUUAAUGGAGGAUUUAAACUCAUUCUCUGUUUAGCGAUAAGCAGUGAACCUGUGCUUCUGUUCUCAGGCCUCAUCAGUGCUUCUUUUUCCUCUUUCUCACGAGAUCAUUUUCCACUUGUAUGGUUGUACAUUUCUGCUCUGGUGUAGUCUGCUAAAGUUUGCUGCCUCCCCCCCUAUUUAUUUUUUUUUUUUAAUUAAAUCCUAAUCCCACAGUGUAUUAGUUAGCUGUUUGUUUUGUAGGCAGUGUUUUAUUGUACACACCAAUACUCUUGCCCCAAUUUGUAUCACUUAUCCUGUUUCAUCUUCGUCUCUGUCAGUAUUUUGCUUCGGAUAUAGUUUUUCAUAUGGAUAAUAAUGAGGAAAUGUCUGUUUUGGUCUCUUUCACUUAUCUGUGUGACCAAAAUUCUCUGAAAUGAGGAACUAUGAACUUAAAGUACUAUUGCUAGAAUAAAUCCAGCUGUGUGUCUGUGUAUACUGUACACCAUAAAGGGGUAAGAAGUGACCUGCCAGGCUGGUGUUUCAGCUUUGUGUCUAUACAGGAGGUUUAUUCAGGCUGUGUGUGUGUGUGUGUGUGUGUGUGUGUGUGUGUGUGUGUGAGAGAGAGAGACUGAGCCUCUGUAAGUAGAGGGUCCCCCAACAUCUCUCAGGAAUCUUCUACCCUCAAGUGUGCUAGCUUGUAUGGCAGACCAAUGGGUUUUCCUCCAGUGCACUGAUGUGUAUCUUCCUAUAUCCCCUAUCCUAGUUUACUCUGAGAUGUUUAUGGCACAAUUGCAGCUUUGAAAGGGAAGACAAACUGGGUUCUGAUUUGAAAGUAGGAUUUUCCAGAAUCUCUUUAGCCCAGUUAGAAAUAUUAGAAAGUAGCACAGAGCUGAGUUUUUGUCUAUUCACAAAAAAAAACACUAUUCCAUAACAUGGGCAAAGUAAAAGGUUCUGCCCCCUCACCUUGGUUAAACGGUGUUCCUGCAGAAAGUGUCGAGUUCCUUCUGACUGCAAUCUUGGUGAUCCAAAUGACACUACACACUUUUCCUAAAGAUUUUCUUUACAUGUGCUACACCUCUCUGAGAGAUGAUGUGGGUCCUGUGGGGCUUGAUCCCUCAGCUUCAGUGUACGCUCUUCAUUUGGUAACUUUGUGAUUGUCCCGUUAAUCCUAAUAAAGAAAGGGAAAAAAAGAA